ACUCCGCGUGAAGGAAUUUUGGAGUCGAGACGGGCCCGACAUAGCUCCACCACGGGAAGAUAUUGAUCCUCAUGGGGGAACAUGGUGAAGAGUUGAAGAUAUAAAUUUUGCACGGUUUUCCGGCUCUUGUGAUGAUAUUCCUUCUCACAAAGUAUCACAACCACCGAAGAAUUCAAAAUGCCUUCCCGAACCAUGCUGCUGGCUUCUCUCGUGGCAAGCACUCUGUCGCUUGCACAGGGCAUGAUCAUUCCCCGCGCAGUCAUUGACCAUGACAAAGUCGUCGGGUUCGCUGAGACCGUCCCUGACGACACCAUCGGCGAGAUGUAUCUUGCCUACAAGCCAUACCUUUACGUGGUUAACGGCUGCGUUCCAUACCCUGGUGUCGACGCCGAAGGAAACACUAGUGGCGGUCUCGCCCCCACUGGUUCCCCCAGUGGUGGCUGCUCCUCCAGCACCGGCCAGGUCUACGCCCGUGCCAACAUGACUGCUGGAACCAGCGGCACCGAGAAAGCCAUCAUGUACGCCUGGUACGCCCCCAAGGACGAGCCCUCCGAUGGGCUCGGCCACCGUCACGAGUGGGAGGGCGUGAUUGUUUGGCUCAACGACGCAUCCUCGACGGAUGCCUCGAACGUCGUGGCCGUGUGCCCUUCGGCCCAUGGCGCCUGGGACUGCUCUACGGACUCGUACACGCUGAGUGGCACACACCCGCUCAUCAAAUACUACAGUAUCUGGCCCAUCGACCAUCACUGUGGGUUGACGGAUACCGUUGGGGGCAUGCAGCCGCUGAUUGCGUGGGAGAGUUUGACUGAUGCGGCCCAGACGGCGCUGCAGAACACUGACUUCGGCAAGGCAAAUGUGCCGUUCAAGGAUGGGAACUUUGUAUCGAACUUGGAUAAGGCUACCUAUUAGAUAGACACGUUGUCGGGCCUAGGUCACGACUACUUGGGGAAGCGGGGAGGAGGCAGGUAUUGAGGCUUCCUCUAGGGAUCAUGGAUGGAUGGAUGAAUUUUACGUUU